CUUUUUAAAGGAUGUUUCUAGCUGUGCUUUUGCUGCUGCUGUCUUUGUCUAUAGAUGCUCAAGGUGUGUCUUUCAAAACUGUUCCCCCACACAUUGAGAAUGAAGAUGUGAUCAUUACAGCAGAUAAUGAUAGCUUAGUUCAUUUAUACUGUGCUAUUUCAAUUGGCAAUGAACUUGUUUCUUUUACAACUUGGGAUGAGAUACAUCAAAAUGGGACCUUUCAAGACAUUGCGUUUAGUUCCAAUGGAAGCUCUCUUACUCACAAUUUUAUUGAGAGUGCCCCUGCCACUAUGCCUCUUCACUCGAACUUAACUUUUAACCUCACUCAAGCAACCAGCCACACAAAGCUAUCAUGCAAUCAAAAUGAUAAAGGAGUCACAUUCUUUAUUGGCAUAUUAGCUCUGCCAGAGUUGAGUAAUGUAUUUGCAAAUGUCACUGAAGGCUCUUCAUUCAAUACAAGUCUUGCUGGAUCAAAAAAUAAUCCAUUCCCACCUCCUCAAGGCACAUGGUCUUAUGGUGAUGAUCCAAUCACAAGUGUUACAAUAUCUACUAAUACAUAUAGCAUCGAAUUUGCAUCAACCAUAAAAAACCAAUCUGGAGUAUACACUCUAACUCUUACUAACGACGCUGGAACCAUUUCUGGCAACUUAACACUAAAUGUCCAAUAUGCACCAGAAGGAAUAAUCAGCGAUGAAAUUGUCUAUACUAACCUUGGAGAUGAAGUUGUUCUCAAAGCGUUUCACAAUGUUCAUGGCUAAUCCAAUACCAUUUCAAACCUGGAUAUCUCCUAGUAAUAACAGUAUCAAUAAUACAACAACCCAAUAUUCUCCGUUAUUCUCUGACACAAUUCAAAUAACAAUUAAUAAUGUAAGUACAUCUGACAUUGGAGUAUGGACAUUUGGUGCGUCAAAUUUUAUUGGAAAUAUUAGUGCAGAUAUUGAUCUUGUUGUAGCUGUUCCUCCUGGCCCUCCCACUAACUUAUCAAGCAGCAUUAAUGGUGGCACUGUGUCUCUAGAUUGGAUAGCACCAACAGAAAUAGGAAACCCUCCUAUUACUCAUUAUACUUUACAAUUAACAUCUACUUUAGGAGAUGUAAUUCUAGUAAUACCAAGCAAUGACACAAAUUUUGAGCUUACUGCUUUAGUGCCCAAUACACAAUACAAUCUAGCUAUAAGAGGAGAGUCAAGUAUUUUUCCAACCACUGGAGAUUUUAGUGACAUAUUAACUUUUAUGACUCUUCCAGGGCCUCCUGACAUCAGGAAUGCAACUAUAAUAUCUGCUGAUGGCAGGAUAUUAGCUAAUUGGACAUUUAGACACAUUGGUGGUGUUGAUAAAGAAGAUGUUGAUGUCAGUGUGCAGUGUAGACCAGCAUUACAAGAAGCUGAGAUUGAGAGUGGAACAGGAAGUGGACUUGCACCAGGAGAAUUAAAAGAAUCAUGUAAUGGAGGCAAUGAUCAUUGCAUUGAUAACAGUUACACUGGUAGCAUAAAGCUAGGACCAGUUGAGGCAGGAGAAGUGUAUACUUGUGGUAUGGUGGCAUCUAUUGAUGGGCAUUUAGAGGUGUUUAAUUUAUCUGAUGUCACAACACUGACAGGUAUACCUUCCGUACCAUAUGGUGAUCAUAAAUGCAUUGGAUCUGAAUUAACAUUUACAGUUGCCAGUAAAUGGGCUGGAAUUGCUUCAGGAUCUAACCAUUUCCAUUUCAAUGCCUUCACAAGUGAUGGAUCAAUCAAUAAGACAUUUGAUUUCAUGGGAUACAUGAAUAAUCAAAAUGUCACAAUUACCAUUGGUACAAUUUUCAACAAAACAACCAUCUACAUAACUGCAGCAAAUAUCUAUGGUACAUCAACUGUACAAAGCUAUGAGAUUCAAAAUAUCUGCUCUGCUACACUAACAAUGUCUCAAGCAAUGUCCACAUAUAUGUCAACAAUGGUUACACCUAGCAUGACAGUGGAAGUCUCAUCAUCCUCCACAAAUAUUGUUAUUAUUGUUGUUCCAGUCAUUGUAAGUUUUGUUGUCAUAUCUGUUGCAACAGUUUUAGCUAUUGUUGCUGCUAUAUUAAUGAUAAAGAAAAAGAAAAAAGGAAAAAUGAAGGUUACAAAUACAAAUACAAGCUUAGAGCUAAAGUCAUUUGAAAAGUCUCCUUAGAUUGUAGAAUUUUCAGUAAACAAAGCAUUAACAGUAUCGUUUUUAUACAUUUAGUCUAAUUAAUGAUAAUCGCUUUAUAUAUAAAACGGAAUACUCAAUG